AUGCCCGUCGACGAUAGAACCGGCAAGCAGGCUGCUGCACAGCAAGCCGUCGACAUCCUCCACGAAAUCUCAGUCAUCCUCAACUGUCACCUGGACCGCCGCACACUCUCUAUCUGCAUCUCCAUGAUUGAGAACGGCGUCAACCCUGAAGCUCUCGCCACCGUUGUCAAAGAGCUGAGAAAGGAGGCUCAGGAGGUCGAUGCUCAGGUUGCUUCGCGACGCAGAUAA